AUGGGGAAGUACAUGAAGAAACCGAAACCUAAAUCGGAAUUACCUUUACUUGAUUCCACCACCACCACUAUCACCACCACCACCACCUCCACCACCUAUUACGGUGUUCGAACUCGUGCUAAAACCCUAGCUCUUUCUCAGAAUCAGGAUCUCUCUCUUUCUAAUGAUUCCUACCUUCAGCUUCGGAGUCGUCGCCUCCAGAAACCUCCGACUCCUCAACAUUCUACUAAGAAGAAUAAGCCCCAAAAUCAAAACCCUAAAUCCCCAAUUCCUACCAAGGGGAAAACUCCUGAAGCUGAAGACCCUGACUUUGGGGAAAAUGUUUUGGAUUUUGAAGGUAGAGAGAGCAGAAGCACUCGGGAAACUACACCUGUCAAUUUGAUAAGGAACCCGGACGUUCUCAGGACUCCUAGUUCGACUACCAAGCGUACUUUUUCAACUGACACUCAUCGCAGAACGGAGCGUGCAACUAGAACUGUCAUCCCAUCUACACGGGAAAUGGAUGAAUUCUUUGCUAAAAAUGAAGCGGCUCAGCAAAAGAAGUUCAUGGAGAAGUACAACUUUGAUCCUGUGACAGAGAUGCCACUCCCAGGGCGUUACGAAUGGGAAAAAUUAACACCCUAG